CUGAAGUGUUCCAAAGGUGCAGACAGUAUCUACACUUAGAUCCACUGUGAUUUACACAAAAUGUCUCAAGUCACUUCGGUGCAGGAAAGGAGGAAUGACUGCCCUGUAAUUGGGAUCUUGGCUCAGGAGGCCUCCUCUGCCGAAAUUGGAAAAAAUACCAAAAUUCCAGCAUCUUACGUCAAGUUCUUGGAGUGUGGUGGAGCUCGAGUAGUUCCCAUCAUGAUAAAUCAGCCAGAGGUUGAAUACCGCAGAAUUUUUAACUCCAUAAAUGGGAUUUUAUUCCCUGGUGGAAGGGUUAGCAUUUUGAAUUCAGCUUAUGCCAAAGCGGCGGCAGUUUUCUAUAAACUAGCUAUAGAGGCCAACUCCAGAGGAGAUUAUUUCCCAGUGUGGGGUACAUGUCUAGGGAUGCAGCUGCUGACACAGAUUACUAGUGGGGAAUAUCUGCUCUCCCAAACAGACAGUCGUGGCUAUGCACUGCCAAUGGACUUCACAAAGGAGGCCAAAGACAGCAGACUGUUCCAGAAUUUCCCUGAGGAUCUCAUGACAUCUCUAGCCACUGAACCCAUCACCUUGCACUAUCACAAAUACAGCAUCACAGUGAAGAAUUUUAAUAACAAUGAUAAUUUAAGAACAUUCUUCAAGAUCUUGAGCACAAACUCUGAUGGGGAACAGGAGUAUGUUUCCACUAUAGAAGCCUAUGACCUCCCAGUGUAUGGCACAGUGUGGCACCCAGAAAAAAAUGCUUUUGAAUGGGGCAGGCCCUUCUUUCCUCACUCGGCCUCGGCAAUCAAAACUACUUUCUACUUUGCACACUUCUUUGUUAAUGAAGCAAGGAAAAACUUCCAUACUUUCUCAAGUGCAGAGGAAGAGAAGAGAUCCUUAAUCUACAACUACUGUCCUGAGGACAGUUUAGAAACUUCACCCUUCCUUCAAACCUACUACUUUGACUAGAAUGCCUGAAGGAUGCAGGUAUCACUCCAGACCCUGGGAUUCAGAAUAAUCAGCCUGGACAAUUUUAUAAAGGCCUUACGUUUUAUAAGGCCUUAUUUGCAGUCGACUGAAGAUAUGUUUAAACACAGUAGUUUGUUUGUUCAAAUGCUACCUCUGGACUUUAUAUGGUCACGUA